AGACUAUUACCACAAGCCCCAAAAGAUAGAUAGGGAGAGAGAGAAAAAGUGAGCGUGUGUCAGAGACAGAGGGUCAGCCUGAGAUAAACAGAGAGAGAGAGAGAGAGAGAGAGACACACACAGUUAGUUAAUAUUGGCAUGCCUGCAUACUCCACCAACAUGAGGCUUAAGUUUCCUAUCCUAGCUCUGACUCUGGAGAUUAUCACCAUCAUCCUGUUCGGUGUGUUUGUGGACUACGAUGAUGGGAAACACGGGGGGCACGGAGCCCACAACACCACACACCAUAAGGAGAAGAAGGAUCCUCUGACCCUUUAUCCCAUGUUCCAGGAUGUCCACGUUAUGAUCUUCAUUGGCUUUGGCUUCCUGAUGACGUUUCUGAAGAGAUAUGGCUUCAGCAGCGUGGGCCUCAACCUGCUCCUGGCCGCCUUCGCUCUGCAGUGGGGUCUGAUCAUGCAAGGCCUCUGGCACCUGGACGACGGCAAGAUCAAAGUCUCCAUCUUCAAGAUGAUCAAUGCAGAUUUCAGCACAGCCACCGUUCUCAUCUCAUUUGGGGCAGUGCUGGGUAAAACCAGUCCUGUCCAGCUCCUCAUCAUGACCAUCCUGGAGAUCACCAUCUUCAGCAUCAACGAACAUCUGGUGGCCGAAAUCCUGGAGGCCAAUGAUGUUGGGGCCUCCAUGAUUAUCCAUGCCUUUGGGGCGUACUUCGGUCUCGCAGUGGCCCGCAUGCUGUACCGGCCAGCUCUGAGGAACAGCCAUGAGAACGAUGGCUCUGUUUACCACUCUGACCUCUUCGCCAUGAUCGGUACCGUGUUCCUCUGGAUGUUCUGGCCCAGUUUCAACUCUGCCAUCGCUGAAUCUGGCACUGAUCAGCUCAUGGCGGUGACCAACACCUACUUCUCUCUGGCUGCCUGCGUACUCUCUGCCUAUGCCGUCUCCAGCUUGGUGGAGCACAAAGGGAAACUGGACAUGGUCCACAUCCAGAAUGCCACUCUGGCAGGAGGUGUUGCCGUGGGAACCUGCGCUGACAUGGACAUCGGCCCUUUUGGUGCCAUGAUCAUCGGGUUCGUGGCUGGCAUCGUCUCCACCCUGGGCUUCAAGUUCCUCACUCCAAUCCUGGCAUCCAACCUGGGCAUCCAGGACACCUGUGGUGUCCACAAUCUGCACGGCAUGCCUGGCAUCCUCGGGGGUAUUGCUGGCAUUGUGGCGGUCGCUCUGGGCAAGAAGAAAGGGAGUGCUGCCAUGCAGGGUGCAGCCCUGGCCUCAUCCCUUGGGUUCGCUUUGGUUGGAGGAACUAUUACAGGUCUGAUAAUGAAGCUUCCAUUCUGGGGACAGCCUCCAGAUCAGAACUGCUUUGAUGAUUCCAUUUAUUGGGAGGUUCCUGGGGAGGAGGAGGAGGAGGGCGAGGAGAGCCUGGCUCACGGAGACCAAAAAGCAGAGGCGUAAAGCUCCCACUCUUUGCUGCACAUUCACGACCUACAACCCUCUGAGCUAGAGAUGGGAAAGUGAGGAAUCAUGAACCACACAUUAGACAUUGGGUGUACUCUAUCUCAAUAGUCUUAACUGGCUUCCUCUCCUUGUCACCUCUCCUUCAUCUAAUUGGUAAAUCCCUACCAGGACUUCAUUCGUCACCCGUCUAAUUUCUUGACCAUCAGUGCAGAGGACGUAAAGGAGAGAAUCUAUGUUGUACUAUUGAAUUCAACCCAGGAUGGCCAGUGCUGUGAAAUUGUCAGUUAUUUUCAACUACUGCAUAAAUAAUUGGAUUGAUAUGAGA